ACGUAGUCAUGACGCUUAAUUCGUGCGACACAGUUUCACAUGUGCUUCGCUCGUGUUGUUGACAAACAUGACUACGGCGCUUAUAACUGCACUGAGCAUCCUUACCAAACCUAUUCGAGAAGCCAAUUCGACUGGUGCACAAACAACCCAACAGGAAGUGCUUGUGUCCGCGCUCCAGAGGAACCAGUUGGAACUGAAGCGAAUGUUAGAUGGCGGAGAGCUGGAGGAUGCCCGCUGUUUACUGGAGGAAGUCAGGAGCGAGACACAGUGGUUCUGUGCUCACACUGAGGACCUAACCUGGAGCUUUGCACAGGAAUGCCUCCUUCUGCUGCUCUGCUUGUCGCGCCACCUCAGCAGGAUGGUGGAGGCUUUUAACAGAGACUCAAGUCCUGUUGUUCCAAAACCCUGUGCUCCAGAGGCAGCUCCGCCAUUACCUCCGGAUGUCCUUAGUGUAGCUCAACAGAAGACCUUAGGCACCGUGCUACAGUUUCUUGUCACCCUGGGCCUGUGUCCGUACUUGGUACCUGGAGUGGGAGUGAGUCUGGCUCUGCGCUCUGCGUUUGGAGUUGCUGUGGAGGGAGCAGUGCAUCGUGAUGUGGCCCCACCCUGUGAACGCAGGCUUCUCAUAACCACUACCGUUUUUCUUGAGGUGGCUGCACUGUCAUCCCUGGCCACUCUGGUCUUUACUCGCCACCUGGGUGACCUGAUGGCAGCACUUUGCCAGUUAGGGUAUCGGCCUCGUCGGCCUGAAGGAGACAGUGCAGAGAUUAAUAAGGGCCUCACUGUGGAAGAGCGGAAGAUGUGCAAACAAGAACUUCAGAGUCUUCUGGGAAGAGUUUAUCAGCCAAUUGCUAUAAAGGAACUGCUGGUUCUUCAAGGGGGCCCUAAGGCGGUUCCAGGCUCCAGGCUGCCUCAGGCUCCCCCCUGGUUGAGGCGUCUUUGUGGUCACCUGCUCUCUGAGAGGUUGAUGCAGCCACACGGGGUCCAAGCGGUGGUCAGAGCCAUCUUGGAGGGAUCGGGAGGUGGAGACUCAGAUUGGAGAAAAUGUGAUGCUGUAGCCAAGAUACUGGUGACUUGCCCCCAACAGUCGCUCUCUGCUGAGAGUUAUUACAGUCAAGUGUGCCCACAGGUUCUAGAUCUUCUCCAUUUCAAGGACAAGAUAACAGCACUGCAGUUCCAGCGAGUGGCCACCAGGGUGGCCCUCACCAUGGUGGACGAUCAGCCUGAGUUUGCCCAACGCUUUCUACUGUCUCCUCUCCUCUUACCCCUACAGCACUGUGCAUCAGUCCCAGAGGCGGCAUAUGUUACAGGAGAGGAGGUAGUACCCGAGUCUGAGCUGACCUGUUGUGUGGAGGAUGUGUACAAAAUCUAUGUGGUGGGUAACAGCCCAUCAGGAAUACUGCUAAGUGCUCUGGGCGAAGUAAUUCCCACAAUCGUCAGCCUGUUUUGUUACACCAAACAAAAUGUCUCUCACCUACGCACCCCCUGUCAGGAAAUCUUGCAGUGGUACCUGUCUCAUGUGGAGCAGUCAUCAGUACUUUUACUGCUCAAACACCUGUGUGUCAUGCCGGGGAGUGGAGAUGGAGGUGGGGGUGGUGUUGCACCUGGAUACCAUUUCUCACCUGGCAGUGAAGGAGGCGUCAGACUCACCCGAAAAGACCCAGUCAGUGAUGAGGAUGAUGCUCUGUAUGAGAAAGUGUCAGGGGAUCAGUGGAAAGUGGAGUGUGUUAUACAGAUCUUGGCUGAGAUGAAGGACACCGACCUGCCUGGAGAAUUCUUCCUCUUCCUCCUGCAGGAUCUGACAGACUUAGCAGCAGAGCAGCUGGAGCCCGAAAAGGGAGUAGACACAUCUUCCAUGACGUUGCUGGAGUUGGAGAAACACCUCACAGGGUGUGUGAGUGGCUAUGGUCAAAGGCUGGCUCUCCUACAGACUCUGGCUGUUAUGUGUGAGAUUCUGCCACACACACAGCUACUGCGUAAGGCCACCCAGGUUGUGAGCUUCAUAGAGGCCAUGCUACAGAGGGCAUGUGUAGGUCUAGAACAUGGCUCAGAGAGCUCAGUUGAGAGUCAGACUCUGAGUAUGGGAAUGGGGUUGGUGGCCACUCUGCUGUCUGGAGCUGCACAGCUGAUUCCAGAGGACUACUCUUCCAUGGCUAGGCUGCUGGAUCCUUUGGAGCAGAUUUCACAGCAGCACCCAGAGCCGGUGAUCCAAGAGCUGGCAUCAGAUCUGCGGGCUACCAUAGCUACACGAGGGGCUUAUCAGUCAGACUCUGUGAAUAAUGCUGCCCAAUGCUACAGCCAUAGUGGUUAUGCUAAAAGAAAGAAUCAGGUACCAAGCCAGAACAAAGGAAAUCCUGUCAAACCUAGUGAAACCUCAGAGAGCCCAAAAGCUGUUCGUCAAAACAUUGAGAAGCUGCAUGUCAGUCAACAGUCAUCUAAAGUUACAUCUACCUGCUGUUCAGGGAGCGCACAGUCCACUGCCUCGGUUCCUUCACAUUCCCAAAAUACAGCACAUCUUGGCACAGCUAGCACAUCUGCACAAGUGAGGGAGCAGGCCCAGAGUUUUCAGCAUAGAGAUGAAAGAAAUGGAAAAUCAUUUAGACCGAAGCCUGCUGCCAGCACACACACGUCUGCUUCCACUUCUCCCACUGCUCCCACUCCAAAGAAGGUCUUCUCUGAGUGGCUGCUGGAGGCCUGUGACCCCGAUGUGCCCACCCGGGCCAUCGCAUUGCGGGCACUCACCCAGUGUGUAAAAGCGAGAAACAAAGAGGCACUAGAGGCCCGCGACAAGCUUCUGAUGAUAUUUUUGGAGAACCUGGAGCAUGAAGACUCAUUUGUGUACCUUUCUGCCAUUCAAGGCCUGGUCCUGUUGGCUGAUUCAUUUCCUGACCAGAUCCUGCAGCGGCUGUUGGCCGAGUAUCAGGCAGCUCCAAGUGGUGCGGCUUCCUCCAGCAGGGGGCGAUGUCUGGAGACACGCCUCAAGCUGGGGGAGGCUUUGAUGAGAGCCAGUAGAGCCAUGGGUGACCUUGCACCACACUAUGGCCGCCCAUUGAUUGGGGCAUUCCUGAGUGGCACACGAGACGAGGACAGCAGCGUUCGUGCCAGCUGCCUAUCCAACCUGGGAGAGCUGUGCCAGCGCCUAAAUUUCUCCCUCGGCUCACUGGCACAGGAGUUGAGCAUGUGUCUCACAACCCUGAUAAAGACGGAAAAAGAGGCAGAAGUGCGGAGAGCUGCAGUCCACGUGAUUGCUUUACUACUGAGGGGCCUCAGUGAUAAAACCACUCAGGUUCUAGGAGAUGUUCUUUUGGAGCUGUAUCGCGCUUUGAAGUGGGUGGUGCGCUCUGACUCUGAUGAGGUGGCUGUACUCCAUGCGCAACUGGCCCUGGAAGAACUUGAUGAUGUCAUGAGGAAAUUCAUUUUCCCUCAGCAGAAAUUUGAAAAGAAGAUUGUGGUUUUGCCCUGACUCUGGAUACCUGCAGGGCUAAACCUAACAUGUUUCUCUGGCAUAAAAUAAGAGAUUAUAAAAUAAGGAAUUCCCACUACUCAUACUCUCUGAACUUUGGGCUUUUGUCAUCAGACACAGAGGUCAAAGAGUAGAAAAUAGAGAAAAGCAAAAGACUGUGAGAUUGGUCUUACUUUGCACACAUGACUGAACAGCAAUCUGCUCAACACUAUGUAUGUAGUUCCUGUGCCCCUCACACCGCCCUUUUACACCGCAUGUAGAAAAAAAACAGGGUUUUGACACCACUGAAAACAAAGACGACGCAGGCCGAUUCAUUACUCCAUUUAUUGGUGUUCUUUAAAAGGGCUGUACAUGCUACUGAACCUUUCGAUGCCCUUUAGCUUCCAGGAUUGGUGAAAAAAAUGUGAAAAUUUGUCCUUGAUAUAUUGCAUAUAUCUGCUAUAAAUUAAAUUUAAUGUUUUACAGGGAAAAUUAUUUAGCACAGUGAAAUAAAUGUUUUUUUUUUGCUUUCCUUGAGCACCAUGAGUGACUAUUACCUAAGACAGACUGAUGUAGAAGAUGCUUAUAAUUAAACAUAUUCAUUUUAUAAAA